AUGACAACCACUUCCCCCCCAACCUCACCACAACCAUAUCCCGAUGCCCGUGCACGGGCUCCAACUAUCAUGAGCCUAUCCUCCCAGAGAUCUCGCCGAAGCAGUACCUCUACGAACAAACUCGAGUUGGCAGAGACUGCAAAGGAUAAGAGGAGGUUAAAUACGAAGGCUGACCCUUCGAAGGCUUUGAAUGAGGCCACUCCAGCGGAGCAAGCACAGGAAGAAUCAACUGUCGAGGACCUACGGAGAAUGGUGCACAAGGACCAUGAAGGCAAUCUCAUCACUGACCCCGAUCGUUCAAACCCUACUCGUCAUCGUCUAGAACGCCCUCUUGACACCAUCCGAGCGUUCAACGCUGCCGCAGAAGGGACGAGCACCCGUCGAUCGUCCUUCAACACUCGACCAUCAUCCCAAGCCGGUUGGAACGGCGAAGCAAACCGUCGCGCAAGCUACUAUUCCAAUGGUGGAUACUCACCUCAGCGACCACGUCCUUCUCCGGGUGGUGGGUACUAUCGCAAUUCCUCCUACGGAGUAGGCCCACAAACCUCGCUCGAGGAAACUCCAGGAUCUGCCCACAUGUACGGUCGAAAUAUGCGUCAACAUUCGAACGGGCACCAGACCGGUUAUCCGAGCGGUGACAGCCCAAUAUCUGCGCACUCGUAUCAGCAAUCUUAUGAAACCAUGACCUCCGGCUCCGAUGAAUAUUCGAAAUCCACCAACCCAAGUUCGCAAAACAGCUCUUUCGAUCAACUGCACCAGCUCCGCAAGCCCGAAGAGUAUAUGGCAGACAACCCCUACGCAAACGACAUUCGCUUCAAUGGAGUAUCUCCACACAAGCCACUUUCGCCGUACGGCAUGGGCAAUGGCCAUCCUGGGCAAGACACCGCUUCGCCGCCACCGAUGCAACCUAUCGAAUAUGCGCCCAACAACCCUCGUCAACCAAUCAAACUCAACGGUUCGCCAUCUGACCCCAACUCCAGUGCUCCGGCUCCGCCAACUAUGACGACCACUUCGAAGAAACAUAGCUGGAUCAAACGCAGGUUCAGUCGCCGCGACAGCUGA